GUGGCGCGUGCUGCGCGCGUGGUUCCCCUGAGUGCAGUGGCAUUUGAUGGGUUGUCAUGUUUCUGCAGUUUUUAUUCAAAACCUGAAAAUCUCUUCACUGUUUGUUUCACGCAGGUUUGUUUCACUCACUCCUGCAGUGCGCGAUGCUUGGUGAGUAAACAGGAAAAUAUCAAGUCCAUCUCCGAGUGAAAUUAGAUUCAAAACGCUUAAUGAGUUAAAAAAGGAUCACUUUAUGUUUGGUGGCCGCUAUUGUGAUUUGCAGAGCAUCCACCCACACCACCCACCCUCUGUUUUCAGCCCCCACCUCCAUGCGUGAGGCGGUGGCAGGAGUGAGAUCCACCCUACAGGUACAGACUCCCCCCGGGCAGAAACUGCAUAAAAACGUCAUAUGCAAAACUAUUGUUGUCAAAAUCUAACAGCAGAUGUUAUUUGAAAGUAGCGUGGCUUGGGUGUGUGAUUGGAGUCUGCAUCUAUGUGGACACUGUUCCACACACGCAAGCCUGACCCCUAUGCCAGCAGUGCGUGUAUUGCAUCCUGCUGUUCCAAGUGUGUAUUUAUUUUAAAAUACGCAGCAUUAUAUAAAGCAUAUAAGACUGGGACAAAUUACAGACAAUAAAUUACAGACAAUAAAUUACAAUAUAACGACUGGAGAACCACAGCAGUAAAUUUGGCAGCCAAACAAAUCUCAACAAUAACCAGUUCAUACUGAUUAUUUGUUUUUAUGAAUAAACUAUUAUGUUUAAAACGCAGUUUGUUAUAUUUCAUAGUUAAAUUAAGAAAUAAACCAACACCAUAUUGCCCACAUUUUGUUUCCAGUCACGUCUAAGCAUUGCGUAAUUACGCACCAAGUAGCCAAUGCAAUAUUUUACAAACAAAACCACGAAUGACUCAAUCAACUAUAUAAAAUAACAAGUCCAAUGUAUAAAAGUAUGUGUUAUAAUAUGAGGUAAACUUAAGAGUUUGCAGAAUUGAUAUUUGGUGAAUGAGCAUUCGGUGCAUCCAAACUUUAAGCUUCUUUACGCACGCAUUUCUUCAGCUUUUUGACGCAUAUUUUGUUUAAUUUUGUGUAUGGAUCAUAACGCAGACACGCCCUGCAGCUAGGCUUGGAUUAAAGUAGAAGACAGAUGGUUAUCUUGCUAAAUGUGAUGCUUUUGUGUUGUUUUGAUCGAACUCGGAGACAGUCCAAAUCGUUUUGUUUCGGCUUGGGGGCGUACCCGUGACGCACGGAAACAGACGCCAAGGAUCUGGAUAAAUACCGCCGCUCUCGGCCGUUAGAGACACAUUUUCACUGAUUUCGGUUUUGAACACUUCUCUGACACAAAGACGACACUGAAAAUGUCUCCAAACAUGACCUGUGAAGCUCUCCAGUCUUUUUCUCCACGAAUGACUGUUGCCAAAAGGAAGGAGGCUCUUGAGCUCAGAAAGACUAUGAAACCGCUGAUGGAGAAAAGAAGGCGCGCUCGUAUCAACGACAGCCUGAACCACUUGAAAAACCUCAUCCUUCCCCUCACAGGCAGAGAUAAAACUCGCUACUCCAAGCUUGAGAAAGCAGACAUCCUGGAGAUGACUGUGAGGUUCCUCGGUGACAUUCCACCCGUUAACACCAAAAAUUCCGCAGAGAGCUACAGAGAAGGCUACAAAGCCUGCCUCCAGCGCGUCUCCUCCCUGCUUCCUAAAACCAGCCUGGACCAGGACGCGUGCCAGCGGGUCAACGACUUCGUGCAGCAGUCCAUGUCUGCCACAGUCACCCCAACCUGCCUGAACUGCUGCGCUCAGAGCUCCAGGACUUUCCCUCAGAUCCAUCAGAGACUCCUGAGCCUGAAAUCCAGCUUCAGCUCCAGACCGGAGCUCCAGUCCCGCUGCGGAGGAGGCGCAGUGGCUCCCAGCAGAGCGCAGUCAGGCCCGCAGCCCGUUAGCGCCGCGAUGUGGAGACCCUGGUAGACUUCAGUGGCUGCUGCUUACAAGAGCCGCGAAAAGACUGUAAUGUUUGAUAUGUAGAAAACAUAUUGAGAUAGCAUCACUUGUAAAUAUGAACAGUGAUUUACUGAGUUGUUUUCGUCGAUGAAAACCCGGAUUUCGUCCUGAUUACGCAUCGAGUAUUAUAUACUCCGGUUUUGCGCACGAGUCUUUUGUCCUGUAAAAGAUGGCAAGUUUAGACUUUCGUAUUUUUUUAAAUCUGCAUGUAUGUAUACGGUUAAUAUAUUUAGUCCUCUCCGUGGGCUAAGUGAUUAAGGGCCAUUAAAACAGCCCUGUAAGACCCAAGGGGUCAUCGUUUGUAUGAAUUUGCACAAUAGACAUCAGAGUCCUGAGUCUGUGCAGAUAAACGUCGUAGACAUCAAAUGUCUCAGGAAGUAUCUCUGUUGGGAUGUGUGUUAUUUUUGCUAUUUACAGCAAAUAUUGUAUAUAUGUUUUAUACACAAAUAAAACUGCGUUGUCGUGGUUA